UUUAGCAGCCCACUGGACUGGACCUAGACACUCUGUAACCAGGAAGUCAGUGGGGAAAAGUUUCGCGCCGUGUUGUAUUGUCAUUGUGUCCUAUCUACCACUGCAGCGAGCUAACUAGUUCCACAAACCACCAUGAGGCGAACUAGAGGUUCGACAAAUAAAAGUUUGAGUGCACCAGAAACCGCAGAAGUCCAGUCGAAAACAGUGUGGCAGUGGAAGGGAGAUGAAGGACAGUGGAAAACAUAUUCGCCUUCCGCUUGUGCCUUGUUGGACUCAGCUGUUUCUUCGGGGAAAACAUCUGUCACUCUGAAUCUGGCUUCUGGAACAGCCUACGAAAUUGAUCUGAAGAAGAUGUUCCAGAUAAAUCCUGUUACAAAGUACAAGAGGAAAAUUCGCACUCAGACUGUAGAACCAGAAUGUUCCAGUGGCGCUGAUGACGUGAAUGCUCAGAAUGAAAAGCCAAUUGAAGUCAAAGAGGAAGUGGAGGAGAUGGAAGAGCAACCUGCUGCUAAGAGGAGGAGAGGACAAAGCAAGACCCAAACAAAAAAGGAAGAAAUGCCCAAAGAAGAAAUAAAAAGCGAAGAAAUUGUGAAGACGGUGGUCAUGAAAGGCAAAGCUCCAGUGGACACUGAAUGUAAAGCCAAACUUGGAAAGGCUCAUGUCUACAGUGAAGGAAAAGAUGUUUAUGAUGCGAUGCUGAACCAGACUAAUCUUCAGUUUAACAACAAUAAAUACUACCUGAUCCAGCUACUGGAGGAUGACAGCUCCAAGGCUUACAGUGUGUGGAUGAGAUGGGGCAGAGUGGGUAAAGUGGGUCAAAACAGCCUCACAGCUUGUGGUGGAGACCUGCUUAAGGCCAAAGAUAUCUUCAAGAAAAAGUUCCUUGACAAGACAAAGAACGAGUGGGAGCAACGGGACAGUUUUGAGAAAGUAGCUGGAAAAUACGACCUGGUCUUCAUGGAUUACAGCACAAACGAAAAGGAGGAAAACCAGACAGUGGUGGAUGCUGCACCCAAAAAGAAAACCUGCAAGCUGGAUGUGAAGGUUCAGUCUCUCCUGGAGCUCAUCUGUGACCUUAAAGCGAUGGAGGAGUGUGUGCUGGAGAUGAAGUUUGACACCCGAAAAGCUCCACUUGGGAAGCUGACCUCAGAGCAGAUCCGUGCAGGUUACACGGCACUGAAGAGAAUCGAGGAUUGUUUGAAGAAGAAGGGCAGCAACAAAGAGCUGCUGGAAGCAUGCAACCAGUUUUACACCCGCAUCCCGCAUGACUUUGGGUUGAAAACUCCCCCAAUCAUUCGCUCAGAAGAUGAACUAAAGGAAAAAAUCGCCCUGCUGGAGGCCCUGAGUGACAUCCAGAUAGCAGUUAAAAUGGUCAAGUCCAGUGAGGACAGUGAUGAACAUCCUCUGGACAGACAGUACCACUCCCUCCAGUGCAAACUGCAGCCGGUCGACUCGAACAGCAAUGAGUAUCAGGUGAUAGAAAAGUAUCUGCAGUCCACUCACGCUCCCACCCACUGUGACUACAGCAUGACUGUCCUCGACAUCUUCUCGGUGGACAGAGACGGGGAGAGCAGCAACUUCCUCUCGAACUUGCACAACAGGACUCUGCUGUGGCACGGCUCCCGUCUCUCUAACUGGGUCGGCAUCCUCAGUAAAGGCCUUCGAAUAGCCCCACCUGAAGCUCCUGUCACUGGUUACAUGUUUGGUAAAGGUAUCUACUUUGCUGACAUGUCAUCAAAAAGCGCCAACUACUGCUUCGCCAACCAGAACAACAAGGUUGGGUUGCUGCUACUGUGUGAGGUUGCUCUAGGAGACUCCAACGAGCUGCUGGACGCCGACUACGAAGCCAACAAUCUGCCUGCUGGAAAACACAGCACCAAGGGCCUGGGACAGACUGGACCUGACCCCAAAAACUCUGUUACACUGGACGGUAUGACGGUGCCGAUGGGCCCUGGGAAGAAAACCGGGGUGGGUAAAACCAACAGUUACUCGCUGCUCUACAACGAGUUCAUCGUUUACAACCCCGCCCAGACUCGCAUGAGGUACCUGCUGCGGAUCCAGUUCAACUACUCUUCACUGUGGUGAGACUUUAGAGGCAGUGUGGCGGUGUGGAAUCUGGGAAUCUCCAUCCAGCAGAGGUCAUACGUUGUUUAGUCAUUCACCGUGUGCACUUUGCUCCUGUGUACGGUAGCUCUCGGUUUUGGGGAUUCAAUGUAAACACUCAGCAUUGGGUGGAAAAUUGAACAGUUUAUUUCUGCAGCAGUUCAUUGAUUUGAUAACUGACAGUAACAUAAGAUAUUCUGAUCAUCAAAUCAGAAAAUAUCUGCUUGCAUCUUUCAAACAUCUGCUUUUCUUAAAAAUAAAUAUUUCAAAAUUGAAUCUCUUUGGACUGUUAGUCGACAUAAACAAGCAGUUUUAAUGCAUUUGAGCAUUUUUCACUUCUUUGACAUUUUAUAUUCAAAUGAAUUGAUUGAGAAAAUACCUGACAUAUGAAUUGAUUAAUGAAAAAUAAACAGUUAUGGCAGACCUACAGUGAUGCAACCAGCAACACGAUGUUGGACUCGAAUAAUUUCUACAUAUUUUGUGGUUUUUCAAGCAGGUUUACUAUAUUAGAUAAAAUAACCCUAAUUAUUUGGAAUAUUUUGCACUAUUUUUUUGCCUGUGUGUCUUCAUAUCAGUAAAAACUUUAUGUAAAAGCAUUCACUGCAUUUUGGUUUUAGCUCUUUGUAACAUAAACUGCCUUCUGGAUUUAAUAAGGACAAAACACAGUGAUGGAACUAAAGUUUGAUGGGAUGAAAUGUGACUUAUUAAUGUUAAAUAGUAGGAAUCUGAUGUUUUGUUUGUUGGAAUAAUUGUUCUGUAAAAUAUUUGGGGUUAUAUUGCCCAAAAUACACAAUAACUUCACUGAAAGCAUGUUUUAUACUUUUUUUUAUUUGUGUAAAACUGAAAGAAAGACAAAAUUCUGUCUGUUUUAGUCACUUAAAGCCUGAUGCAGUUCAAAUAUAUACAUAAUGAUAAUAAAGGACAUUUUCAUUCAC